AUGGACAUGUCGGACUUGAUCUCCAUCCUUAACCAGGCGGCCCAUGACCCUCCCAAAGAUGCCGAGUCGAGGAAGCAGUUGCACGAUGCUGCACGGAAACUCAUGUUUGCGGCUGAGGGUCACCACGAGCUGAUGCAUCGAGUUCUGUUCUCGCAAAUCCCACUCACUGUCUCAAAAGUAGCGGCAGACAUUGACGUCUUCAGGGUGUUGAGCUCCCAACCGGGAGAGCAGCAUACGACGGAGAAGCUUGCCCAGGCUACCAGUGCUGACGGAAUCUUACUGCUACGGAUUCUGCGUGGUCUCGCUGCGCACGGCCUCAUUGGCGAGACGUCCGAUGGUUCCUGGUACGCCAACGCGGCAACUGAGGUAUUCGCCACCGAAAUGAUCAAGGAUGGCAUCGACCAGAACCAAAUGACACUGGGCCCUUGCCACCAAGCGCUUCCCACCUUUCUCCGUGAGACGAAGUACCGCAACCCCACCAACAACACGCACAUACCUUUCAACGUAGCCUUCAACACUUGUGAACCCGUCUUUACAUGGCUGCAACACCACCCCGCGAACUUGAAGGCCAUGAUCGGAACGAUGCCCGCCCAGCGAUCGGGACAAGCGAACUGGUUCGCGGAACCUACCAUCUUCAAUCCAGCAGACUUUACGCUCUCGCAGUCGGACAUGGAAGCUGGAAGAGUCCUGAUGGUCGACGUAGGCGGUGGCGGCGGCCAGCAAUCCCUCGCCUUGCGCACCGCACGCCCACAACUGGGCGGCAAAGUACUCGUGCAAGACCUGCCAUGGGUCGUCUCCAGUCUCGACUCAGCGCAAGCACAACGCCUGAAGGAUCACGAGAUCGAGGUUCAAACGGCCGACUUUACCCAACCACAAGCCGUCGAAGGAGCCAAAGUGUACUACAUGCGCAACAUAUUACACGACUGGCCGGACGCGGAAUGCCUGGUCAUCUUGAGGCAUCUGCGACAGGCGAUGAGCGAUGACUCGGUGGUGGUGAUUGACGAGAUGGUGGUGCGGAAAGGCGCGAGCAGUCAUAAGCAGGUCAACUACGAUAUCUGUAUGAUGGCGGUGCUUGCGUCGAUGGAGCGGACGGAGGAGCAGUGGGGGGUUUUGCUUGGGGAGGCGGGGUUGAGGGUCAGGGAGGCGAGGGAGUAUGAUGCUGGGAGUGGAGAUAGUGUUGUUUUUGCGGCGAAGGCUUAA